AUGAUCAGUGGCCCACAGGUACCUUCCCUCUUCACGUCCCUCACAAAUGCUGACAUUGGCCCAGGAAUCACCGUCUCGCGCUCCGGCCGCAAAUUCUCAAACUACCCGCCCGGCCUCGACGCAAACAACACCAACAACGGCAGCAACGACAAAUACACUGUCGCCGAGCUCAUCGGCAACAACACCGAACGCGCCUACCCCUCCGCCGAGAUCAACAGUCCCCCAGGUGGCUCCAUCAACUACUCGACAUACCCAGCGUCGGGCGCAAACUACCAAAACUACCUAAUUGGCGUGCAAUCAGUCGUCCUAGACCCGCUCGACCGCCUGUGGAUUCUCGACACUGGGCGCGCCCUCACGCCCAACAGCACGCUUGUGCCCGCCUCCUACGGUGGCCCCAAACUCGUCUGCGUGGACCUCUCCACCGAUGCCGUGGUUAAGACUAUCAUCUUCCCAUCCACCGUGGCAUACGCGGAUUCCUACCUCAAUGACGUGCGCUUCGACUUACGCUCUCAAUUAACCGAAAGCGGGCAGGGUGUCGCGUACAUUACCGACUCCUCGACGGAAGGCCGCAACGGGAUCGUCGUCGUAGAUCUAGGCUCCGGCGAGAGCUGGCGACAUCUCGACGGCGCGGCGGAGGUGCGAUCGAACCGCGGAUUUGUAGCGAGUGUGUGGGGCGAGCCGACGUAUUACAUCCCUGGGCCUGGGCAGCCGCUUACUUAUCUGCCGUUUGGCGCGGAUGGGAUUACGCUGGGAGCGGACGGCAAUGACCUCUACUGGACCAGUUUUGGGAGCCGGACACUAUACUCUCUUUCUACCGAGAGACUGCUUGAUCGCAGUCUUCACAGCGUCAGUGACGGUAUGGAAACGGACACUAACGGAUUUGUCUACGCCGGAAACAUGGAGCAGAACGCUAUUAGCUUCUUCAACCCGAAUAAUGCUUCUUCGACACUGUUUGUGCGAGACUCAACGAUUAAUUGGGUGGAUACUAUGUCCACCGGCGCAGACGGCUACCUCUACUUCACUGUCAACCAGCUCUCCUUCAGCGCGGCAUUCUGCCCUGGUACGGAUCGGAGGGUGCGGCCGUUUGUGCUAAUGCGGGCUAAGUUGCCUGGCAACGGCACCAGAGUGAGCGUACAGUAGGGAAGACAGAGGCGAGAGGAUAUGUCGUCGGAGUCGGCCAAAGAGUCUCGAUUGUUAAGAUUGAUUUGAUGGCACAAUGGCGAUGUACAAUUCUAGAUGUG